CCCAAUUCUUCCUAAGCUUUCAAAGAUAAAACAUUAGGCUAAAACCAAGCCUUCAUCCAAACUUUCCCAUAGAAUUUAUUCUAAACUAUUCGAAUAUUGAAAAAUAGCAAAUACAUAUAACAAUUUAAUUCCAAACAAAAUAUUCCAUCAAAAUGUCAUCAUCACCUCCAACUGGUCCACCUCCUUCAUUCCGAGCUUCCAUAGCAAUGGACCAAUCUCCAUUCUACGCCUCCACAUUACCAAAUGCUGUCAAUACAAAUGUUUAUCCAUCACCGAAUCAUCAUACUCCAUCCACUCCAUCACCAGUAGGAAUCAACAACAACCCAGCAGCACACAAUCGAUUCUCCCUUCAACAACAACCUAUUGGAGCUAUUAGAGGUGAUGCUUUGGAUCCACUGAGGAGAUUUAGUGCAGCCCAUUCACCAACUGAUUCAAUAAGAAGUCAUUUGAAUAAUAGAAAUUCUGGACAAUAUAAUGCAGUGAGUGUUUCACCUUCGAGGGAUUCUGCUGCAGCUCAAGCUCUACAACAACAGGAAAAGGCAGAAAAGCCACCCUCCUAUUCACAAUCGAAAUUUGAUCCAAAUGCCAAUAGGAAUAAUAAUAUUUAUUCGACAGUGAUGAAUACAAGUACUGAGAUAUCUCCUCAACAACAGGUUGGAGGAAUUUCCUUGAAAGGAACUGGAACUGUUGCUGCAUUGAAUAAUGAAGAAAUGCCACAAGAAAAGAUUGCUAGUCCAAGAAGUAUUCAGGACAAAUCAUCCCUCUCCAAGACUAUUUGUGGAUGUUUCAGUUUCGUCUGUGCAUGUCCAAUGCUUACACUUGUUUGUUUAUUCUCAAUUGUUGAAGUGGCUGCCAUUGUCUUGUUCAACUCAUUGCAAACCAUUGGAUACGAUCCAACUGACCAUGCCAAUAAUAAGACAAUCUUUAUUAUGGUCAUUGUUGGACAAGCAGUGACUUUCCUUGCUGUCAUGCUAUGUUGUGCAGGUGCAACCUUAUUGGCAGUUUCCUCAAUGUGUGAUAAUUCCCAAAGUAAGAUUGAUACCAAAAAUAGAUUUGUUGUUUCAAUGAUUGUCAUUGGUUUUACUGCAGUUUUUCUCCUAUUAUUGGCUGUUAGAGGAGGAGUGGAAGGUUACUCGACAAAACUCAUAGUUGACAAGAUUAUGCCAGUUUUCCAAGAUUUUUCAACCCUUAAAGACAAUAUUGCUGCCGCUCCUCUCAUGGUUGCUUUGGCAAUGUUUGGCCUGUGUGUAUUGACAAUUCUGGUUUGUGGUUUCAUGGCCUUUGUCUGUUGUUGCUGGUUCUGCUGUGCCUCAACUUGUCUCUUUGCCAAACAAAGAAAGAGAGAAAAGAAGAGUAAGGAAAAUACUGAAACAGUUAAUCCACUCAAUAAUACAUCAUUGAAUGUAUAAUGAGUAUUAUAUAGAAUAAUUAUUCGAUAUUUUGAUUAUUUAAACUCUUUAAUUUUUGACACCACGAAACGAGGAAACAACAAACUGUAUAUUCUAAUUGAACUAAUUGUAUGAACAAUAAAAUCAUUUCUAAUUC